AUGGCCAAGAUCAUCAUCAUCGGCGCCGGCAUCUCAGGUCUCAGCACCUACCUUUUCCUGCGCAAGCACCUGGUUCUCUGCGACUCCUCAACUCCCUCUUCCCAAGCAGAGCAGCAACAAUAUGACAUCAGAAUCUACGAAGCCUACGACAUCCAUCAAUCCCACUUCAACGCCUCCUUGGUGAAUCCGGCCCUCGACGACGCCAACUUGCGGGAAGAAUCACCGACCGUCGCACUCGCUGCAAGCGAGACAGACCCGAUCUUCACCGCGCAGGCGAUCGGGGCGGCAAUCGGCAUCGCGCGCAACGGAUUGAACGUCCUCGCUCGCCUGGACAAGACCGGUGACCAGCAAAGCGGGGCUCAUGGCGUGUCGUCGAGCAGCUUGAUCGAGGAAAUGGCUGUGUACGGCCAUCCGAUUGAGCGGUGGCAGCUCAGUACGGCAAGGGGCUUCACACUCGGCCAAGUCGAUCUCGCUCGGCCGCGAGCUGCCGCCGCCGCCACGAUGAAACCUUCUCUGAGCAAGCCCGGACAGUCCCCAUCCCCGUCGUCUACGCUGCGAAAUCCAUGCCCAUACCACGGGAUCAUGAUCGCGCGGCAAUCGUGCUGGGAGAUCCUCCGCGACCGGGUCACGAGGGAGUCUCCGAGCGUGAUCAUGCGCAGAAAAGUCGUCGACGUAAUCAUCGGCGAUGAAAGGACACGCAACGUCGUCAAGUUCGACGACGGCUCCCAAGAGGAAGCCGACCUAGUCAUUGGUGCGGAUGGAAUAAGAAGUAUUGUGCGGCGGGCUAUGUUUCGCCAGCACGGGAUUGAUCAUGCGACGACGACAACGACGACAACGACGACGACUGGUGGUGGUGGAGCAGCACAGACUCACCACGACGGCCAACCUCAUAGCCCGACCAGAAAGGCACCACUCCCCUCGAGCUGGUUGCGGAGUAUCCUCUCGUACCUCCCUAGCUCACUCUUCCCCUUCGGACACCCCAAAGCCAUCCAGACGGACUACGUCUCACCACGCUACGAAGGCCUCGUCGGCGUGGGCGGCUUCGUGCCUUCGUCCGUGCUGCAAGCCACGGGGCACAAACCAGGCACCAUGACGAUCGUGUUCGGACCGAAUGGGUUCUUCGGGUACGGGUACCUGACGUCGUCCCGACCAUCACCCAAAGAUGCCACAGCAGCGACGAAAGACACGGAUACCGCUCCUGCGACAGCUCACGUCUUGCCAAUCCCCGCCCCAGGACCGCUGGCCGGAUGGUGGUCGACGUGUUCCAGCCCGAACCCAUUUCCAUACUCGACUCCCGCGGAGUCUCCAUCGCCAGCUCCAGCGCCAGCUCCAGCUCCAGCUCCAGGAAGUAUCCCACACACAGAGCCUGCGAGCACAGACCGCGGAAAGGCCGCUGAAUUCAACAAACAACUCGCCCUGGCGGCACUGCUCCAGCGCCACCGGAACUGGCGCAACCCAGCGAUCCAGGCGAUUUUGGCGUGUGUAGAGAACGACACCAACACCAACACCGAGCAUCAGCAGCAGCAACAACAACAGACUCAAAGCAGCCACCGCACAGAUUCCAAGACCAACAACGAGAACAAUAGCCUCCUCUUCCUCCUGCCCGGAAAGGCCCUGGACACGGCGUACCCGACCUGGACGACGCCGGAACUCCCGCACUGGACCCUGCGCGGCCGCGCCGUGCUGGUCGGCGACGCAGCACACGCGCUGCAGCCGUCGAGCGGGCAGGGGGCGAGCCAGGCGCUGGAGGACGCCGAGGCGCUGGCUGUGUUUCUGAGCCGGUCCUUAGCUGCCGCCGCGGGACAUGGAGCCAACACCAACAGCAGCAGCAGCAACAGCACUACCGAUACUGCUGGCACUCCAUCUCCUUCUCCUUCUCCCGCCCUCCUGCACCGCGCCCUCACCCAGGCUCUGCGCGCCUACGAAACCCUCCGCAUGCCGCGCGUCCAUGCAAUCCACGUGCGUGCGCAGCGCAUGUCGCGCAUGAAGGCCGACAUGGGCCUGCUGGCCGAGUGGGCCAUGUACCUCGCCAUCUACGUGGGGACGUGGUUCGGUGGCGGCAACGGGAACGGCCCAGGCAGUGAUGAGGAUGGUGAGCGGUACUACGACGCCUUGUUCGGACAUGAUGGGUUGCUUCGUGGCGGCGAGGCGGAGGAGUAG